CCACAUACCGUGGCUAGUGCCCGUUCCCGCACCGCCACACCCCAGCGCGACCCUUUCCGUUCCCCGAGACAAGCUUGCAACCCCGAACAUGUGAAAGCCUGCAGCUCGGGCUCAAAGCGGGCAACAACGCCCCCCAUGCUCAAUCCCACCAUAUCCCCGAAGCCUACAACAAAUAGCAUCAGCGUGAUGCGACAUGCCCGCCUGCUCGGCAGCGCAACCGGAUGAUCGCUCGACAUGUCGCCGGGAUGGAGCUUAACCGACGUCUUGAGGAGCGUCUACAGUUGUUUCUUUGAGGUUGCGUUUUUCUGGCAGCUGAGACUCUACAACUGGUGGACGAAGAAGAGCACGCGCGAUGUGCUGCUCGAAACUAUUGCCGAGGCGCGCAUCUUUGAGGAAUGGGAGGCUGCGGCGUUCCAGCUCGAUGAGGUGCUAGGAUAUGAUCUCUGGCGCCAGAAUCCAACCUCCAAAUUCUACGACUACCGCCUCAUCUACGAGCGCCUCCAAGCUAUCAUCGAAGCCCGCGAAGAAGACGACAUUCUCUCCCUCGUCAGCCUCCUCCGCAGCGGUCUCGUACGGAAUCUAGGCAAUAUAACAGCAGCACGGUUGUUCAAUCGCGCGUAUGCGGGGACAAAACUUCUCAUCGAAGAUUACAUCACGCAAGUCGCCCUCGCAAUCGACUACGUGACGAGCUAUCCCACGACGCCGGACUCCGGGCUCACGAACCAGCAGAAGCUAGACGUGUUCCACGAUACGAGACAAGCGUUUGGGAGGUCGGUGCUGGUGCUUCAGGGCGGUGCGAUAUUCGGACUGUGCCAUUUGGGGGUGGUGAAGGCGCUGCAUCUUCGCGGACUGCUUCCUCGAAUCAUUGCGGGCACGGCUACCGGGGCACUGAUCGCAGCGCUUGUAGGUGUGCACACGGAAGAUGAGCUGCUGGAUUUCUUGAAGGGGUCGAGCAUCAACUUGACGGCAUUCACGAAACAUUCGAGUGUGGGGAAGGAAGGACAGGAGAACAAUGGACAAAGCACUUGGUUCCAGACGCUCGUGCGGCGCGUGAAGCGCUUCAUAAAAGAAGGAUACUUUCUGGAUGUCGGCAUACUGGAGCAAGUCGUGCGCGCGAACGUCGAGGACCUCACCUUCGAAGAAGCGUACAUCAAGACGAAGCGUGUGCUCAACAUCACCGUCUCCACAACCGGCGGUGGAGGCGUGCCAAACCUGCUCAAUUACCUCACCGCACCCAACGUCCUAAUCUGGUCCGCCGCCCUCGCUUCCAACGCCUCCUCCACAACCCUCUACCACCCCGUAACCCUAAUGUGCAAAGACGACUCCGGCGCCAUCAUCCCCUGGUCCCCCGCUAUAGAAACCACCUUCCGCCCCUGGACCCACGCGUCCUACACCGACCGCGAAAGCCCCCUUCACCGCAUCGCCGAGCUCUUCAACGUAAACCACUUCAUCGUGUCCCAGGCGCGCCCUUACCUAGCCCCCUUCUUAAGGAGCGAUCUGCACCACCCGAACCCGAAGCAGGAUGGCGGGCGCUUCAAACUGAGUAUGCCAGUGCUGAGGCUGAUUGUCAUGGAGAUCCAACAUCGGCUGCGACAGCUAGACGAGCUGGGCGUGUUGCCCCCGAGCAUAAGACGGUUUUUGCUCGAUGAGAAUGUGCCCGGGGCGAGCUUGACUCUGGUCCCAGAGCUUACGCCGAGUGACUUCUUCAAGCUACUCGAGAAUCCGACCAAGGAUGCGCUGGAUUAUUGGAUUCUGAGGGGCGAGCGGAGUGUCUGGCCGGCGGUGGGCGCGCUGAAAGUGCGCUGUGCGAUCGAGGUCGAGCUGGAUCGCGGCUAUCAGCUGGUCAGGCGACGCAAGCCGUUUGAUCCUGUGGGCGGCGGCGGCAGCGGCGGCGGUUUGCGGAAGAGCGGGAGUAAGGGAGAUGUGAAGGAUAGGGAGAAGGAGAGGCGGAGGGUGCGGGCGGCGAGUUUUGGGGGCGGUAUGGUUUCAUGACACUUAUGUUUUGCCCUGGGACGUUUGGCUUGCGUGGUUAUAGAUAACGUGUUUACGAAAAGUUCGACGACGAAUAGCAAUGCUUUACUAUUACUAGAUCAUAUGAAAAUUGCU